UCAUUUCUUAACAAGCUAUUGGACUUCCUUAGCCCACAACUAGUCAAAUAUUCAAUAGCCAACUUUGGUUUUUUUAACAAACUAAAAACGAAGCAAAAACAUGGAAGCUUCAACAUAUAUUAUCCAUUUGAAACACUCUUUUGCAAUCCUCUUUUCCAUUGUCCUCCUCCUCCAUACUCUCUUAGCUGGCACCCUUUUCACCCAUCUCCUCCGCCUCCUCACCAUCAACCCCAUCAUCUCACUAUCAUGCGCCUGGUGCGCCCUUAUUUCUUUCAUUUACUACUACUCCUCUCGUCCCUAUCCCAUUUUACUCCUAAACUAUUCCUGCUACAAACCAGACACUUCUCAGAAAGGAAAUUACAAAGCCUCCAUCGACUUCGUUCGCCGAACGAAGCGAUUCACCCAUGAAAGCGAACAAUUCAUGCACAGAAUCUAUCUCAACUCCGGUCUUGGAGACGAAACUUAUGUUCCCAAAUUCGUUUUCGAACCCAAAUUCGAACCGAAGCUGGAAUCCUCCAUGGAUGAAGCUCGACACGGCAUGUUUUCUGCUGUCGAAUCACUUCUUUCCAAAACCAAGAUCGACCCGGAUCGUAUCGACUCGUUGAUCAUCACCUGCGGUAGCUUCUCCCCUGUUCCUUCCCUGUCAUCCUUGGUUGUGAACCGGUUCAAGCUCAAACCCACCAUUAAGGCCUAUAACUUGAACGGAAUGGGAUGCAGUUCCGGCGUGCUCGCCAUCGACAUGGCUUCGAAGCUGCUCAAAAGCAGCAAACAGAUUGGUUACGCUCUCGUCGUCAUUAUAGAGACUAUCAGUUCCAGCUGGUACUUCGGGGAAAACCGCUCCAUGCUUGUCACCAACUGUAUAUUCCGCAUCGGCUGCGCCGCCGCAUUGAUCACCAACGACCCCAGCCGCCGGAGAUUCGCCAAAAUGGAGCUGGUCGACUCCCUCAGAACUCACCACGGUGCCGACGACAGGUCGUACCGAGCCGCAUUCCAAGAAGAAGACGAGAAGGGCACCCUUGGGAUUUCACUCAACAAAGAUUUGGUCAGGGUUGCAGGAGCAAACCUACGUGAGCAUAUCAGAAUUCUGGGGCCCAGAGUUCUUCCGCUGAGUCAACUCGUUUUGUACCUUUACUCGGAGGUGGUUUCUGUGUUGUCCCGGGGCGAGUCGAAGCCGAGAGUUCCGGAUUUCACGACGGCUUUCGACCAUUUCUGUGUUCAUACCGGAGGGAAGGCGGUGAUAGAGCAGGUUGGAAAGGUUUUGGGGCUCGGAGAUGAGAAGACUGAACCGGCGAAAAUGACAUUGCACCGGUUUGGGAACACGUCGUCAAGUUUGGUAUUCUAUGAGUUGGCCUAUUUGGAGGCUAAAAGGAUGGUUAGAGAAGGGGAUAGGAUGUGGGUGGUUGCAUUUGGAACUGGUUUUAAGAUUGGGAGUUUGGUUUGGAAAUCACUCACUGAUUUGGAUCAAGAUUUUGAUAAUCCUUGGAAUGAUUGUAUCCACAGGUACCCAUUAAAAACUUGGUAAUUGUUUUUACCUUAAAAAAUAAAAUUUAUGGUAGAUUAAAAUGGCGAUUUUGGAAAACUAAGAAAAGUUUAUAAAUAGAUCUUACUUAGUCAUAGUGCCAUUUAUUUGGUCUUGGAAGAGGGCUGGUUUACUUGAGUUUCCGAAAUAUGGUACUAUUAAGUUAGUUAUUAAAUUUAGAAUAAUAUUGUAUCCAAUA